ACCACCACACUAAUCAUGAAGAUGCUGGUUCUUAUGGCACUGGUGGCCGCCGCCGCCGCCGACUCGCAGCCCCGCACCAGCUACAGCGCCGCCCCGGCCGUGCGUACCGUCGCCGCCCCCCUGCCCCUGGUCCGCAUCCUCGAGUCGACCAGCACCAGCAACGACCAGGGCGGCUACGCCUUCCGCUUCCUUUCCGAGGACGACAUCCAGCGGCAGGAGGAGGCGGCCGACGGCACCGUGUUCGGCUCCUACAGCUACAUCUCGCCCGAGGGCGUGCCCGUCAGCGUGCGCUACGUGGCCGACACGCUGGGCUUCCGGGCGGAGAGCGACGCGCUGCCCACGCCCGUGCCCACCGAGUACCCGACGCCCGAGGUGCCGUCCACCGAGGCGGCGCCCGAGGUGCGCACCGUGCAGGAGGGCUACUCGGCGCCGGAGCGGCAGGUGGUGCGGGCCCAGCAGCCGGCCGUCGAGUACGAGCCCGUCUACGAGUACCGGCCCGUCUCCUAG